AUGGGGAUCGACUUGAAGAACAGGGGCCGUACUAAGAAGCACGGAAGACGGGCCCUCGUCUCCGAGAACCCCUACCUUAGGCUGGCCGUCAAGCUGUAUCAGUUCCUCGCCCGCCGCACCAACAGCGACUUCAACAAAGUUAUUCUGAAGCGGUUGAUGGCGCCUCGCCGUCUUCGGGCUCCUCUGUCUCUCUCAAAGUUGAGCAUGAGAAUGAGAAAAGAAGAAAAUAAAACUGCUGUUGUUGUCGGCAGCAUCGUCGAUGAUCCUCGCACUCUGGAGAUCCCGAAGAUGUCGGUGUGCGCACUGCGUUUUUCUGAAACUGCACGCAAGCGUAUUGUUGCGGCUGGAGGCGAAUGUUUAACAUUUGAUCAGUUGGCUUUGAAGGCACCAACUGGCUCUCACUGCGUUCUCUUGAGAGGCUCUAUCUUGAGAGAAACCGACAAGCACUUCGGGCCGGCACCAGGCACACCGCACUCGCACACCAAGCCGUACGUCCGAUCGAAGGGAAGGAAGUUCGAAAUGGCUCGUGGAAGGAGAAAGUCGCGAGGAUACAAGAACUAA